AUGGCUUCCUCGGACUUAAGUGUCCUCCUGGACAUGGGCUUCGAGAAGGAGAGAGCUGAGUUGGCGGUCAAGAAGACUGGCGGAUUACAAGGAGCGCUCCAGUGGCUGGAAGACAACCAAGACAAGUCGCUGGAGGAGAUAAACGCCCCCGCAGCAGCAUCUACAUCCGCAGAAACAGACUCGACUAUCGAACCCCCGGCACUGAAGGAAGGCGAAGUUGCUAGAUCGAUGGUGUGCGAUGACUGCGGGAAGAAGUUCAGAAGCCAGGCUCAGGCUGAGUUCCACGCUUCGAAGACGGAGCACACUAGCUUUUCGGAAUCAACUGAGGAGAUCGCCCCUCUUACGGAAGAAGAAAAGAAGGAGAAGUUAGAGCAGCUUCGGGUACAACUGGCCGAGAAGCGUGCCAGGCAGGCUGUCGUGGAUAAGGAGGAACAGAAGAAGAACGAGAAAAUUCGCAUGAAAUCCACCAGAGAAGUCCAAGACAUCAAAGAAGAACUAGCCCGACAAGAACAAAUCAAAGCCGCCGCCAAAAAGCGCGAAGAAAAGCUAGCUGAUAUCGCCGCCAAAAAGCGCAUCCAAGACAAAAUCGCCGCCGACAAAGAAGAUCGCCGCCUGAAGGCCGAAAGAGUAAAGGCAGAACGCGAAGGCCGCGAAGUCCCCGUUGCACCCGAGCCAGUAGCAGCGCCUGUGGAGAGGAAACCAGCGCAAAUACAUAACGAGGCCAGGCUGAGAUUGCAGAUGGCGAGUGGGACGGUGAUGAAGACAUUUGGUGCGGAGACGACCCUUUUUGAGGUCGCCCAGGAUCUGGAGAGUGAGGCCGGCCAACCAAUUGAGAGCUUUACUAUGACGUAUCCGAAGAAGACCUUUAGUGGGAGUGUGGAUUUCGGGAAGACCCUUAAGGAGGCGGGGUUGGUUCCUAGUGCCGUCUUAAUUGUUAAGUAA